AUGCCUAUAGCUUAUUAUGAACAAUCAUUAGUUAUUGCACUUGAUCAUUCAUCAAAUAUUAGGUUUUCUUUAUUUAUUUUAAUACGUCCCGUACCCAAAAUAGCUGCUCGAUCGUUAUCUAUUGAAAAUGAAACAAUAACUAUUUUGAAUGUUUUAACAAAUUUAAAUACCAAGACAUCAAUUGCAACAACACCAUUAAUAGCUCGACCUCAAAAACAAAAACAAUCAUUUUAUGAACGUUUAAUACAUUUUUUUAUUAUUGAAUUUCCAUUAGUAAUUCUCAUUGGAAGUCUUUCUGGCAUUCUUCAUCUUAUAAAAAUUAUCUCAAAUGAUCUUAUGGUAGUAUUUACCAUUGGUACUCGUUUAUAUUCAAUGUAUCAAAAAGAUAUGAAAUUUUAUCAAGGAAAUAUACCAAUUGAUAGUGUUAUUUAUGAUGGUUUAAGUUUUUAUACACGUCGACUUGUUCAUAAAAAAGUUAAGAAUAUUUUUAUUUCUUACCAAGUCAAUUAUCAAUCAUACUGA